AUGUUUCUGAGAGACCUGAGCUUUUCUGCUGUUCUGUUGCUGCUGCUCUCUGUCCAGUCUCUUCAUGGCUCCGCUCUUCCUGCUGUAUCCUCCUAUGAGUUCACCGCCUACAGGAUGCAACAGUUCAACCUGGCACAAGACAAGCAUGGUUGCCGUGGAGCCAUUGUGGUGGCAGAGGCACGCUCAGCAGAUGAGCCGGUGCUGACACGUCGCUGUGUCAUCAUGAAGGUGCCAGACUUCACAACAGAAAAAUAUCUCGAGGCCCAGAGACAAAAUGCUGCUGCCAUACUGAUCCUGCUGCCCAGAAAUAUCUCCAAUGUCCCCCAUGAUAAAGUACAGUCCUUCAUGGUGAGUGAGAGUGAGGCCUUGCUGAAGGAGACCCUCAUGCCUGUGUAUGUGGUGCCUGAGGAUGAACAAUUGCUCUGCAUGUAUGAGGAGGUCAAGCAGGCUGCAGCCACCCGGACCUCCUCAAUAUUUAUCCGAGUUCUUCGAAGUAUGGUCACAGCUACAGCCUUUCAGAUCUUAGUGAGCAACAAUGCCCCUAUCAAGGCCAUCACGGACAAUGCUAUAGUCACACUGGAGGGAGUGCUUCCCGGAGCAGGGGAGGAUGUGCCCACUAUCGUCAUUACUGCCAACUAUGACUCCUAUGGGCUGGCACCGUGGUUGUCUUAUGGAGCAGACUCCAAUGGCAGUGGGGUCACCAUCCUGCUAGAGUUGGCACGUCUCUUCCAGAAGCUUUAUAGUAACUCAAGCACCAGGCCACCAUAUCAUUUAAUGUUCUCCCUAACUGGAGGAGGAAAACACAACUUCCUGGGCACAAAGAGAUGGAUUGAAGAAAAUCUAGACCAUGCUGAGUCUAGCCUGCUCCAUGACAAUGUGGCAUUUGUUUUGUGUUUGGAUACACUGGCUAAUGCCGAUGAGCUGUACAUGCAUGUGUCCCGCCCUCCUAAACCUGACACUCCCAUGCACUCCUUUAUUCAACUGCUGGAGGAGGUGGUGUCCUCCAGAUUUCCCUGGGUGAGGAUUGGGUUGGUUCAUAAGAAGAUCAAUCUUGUGGAGUCUACAGUAGCCUGGGAGCAUGAGCGCUACAGCCUGCGCAGGAUCCCAGGCUUCACUCUGUCUCAUGUGGAAGACCCUAAAUCUGAGCUACGUGGCUCUGUACUAGACACCAUAUCGCAAGUGGACUUCAGGAAACUAAAGCGUAAUGGCAUCAUCAUAGCAGAAGCAUUGGCACGGUAUAUGUACAACCUCUCAGACAAGGGUUCACCAAAAGAUGUUCAGGUUUUCAGGGGUCAAAUGGACUUCCACGACAGUCGUUUGUCCAGUCUGAUGGCUUUCCUGACAUCAAUCCCUCGGGCCACCCAGCUGCUGGAUAAGGAGCCCGGUCACAUCCUGCUCGUCAAUUCACUCGAGCACGAGUUCAAGCGCUACUUACAGCAAGUCCACAGACACAACUUCAAACAGGACAAGAGGGACCCUGACAUUACCUUUUUCGAUCAAAUGAACCAACCAAUAGUGAUGUACAGAGUCAAACCUGCAGCUUUUGAUCUUUUCCUGGGUGGCUGCAUUGCUGGGUAUUUGGGGAUCGUUUAUUAUGCAAUCCAGAAUUUUGGCUAUCUCUACACAAAGCUGAAAGCAGCAGUGAAAUCCAAGCACCAGUAAAUAAGACUCUGAAUACUGAUUCUAUAACAAAGCCUUUGAA